AUGAAAACAUGUCUGAUGUGGCCGCGCGGCUUCCUCUCGCGUCUUCUCCUCCGCGCGACCGCCGGCGCCACGGACGGCCAGGCCUGCGCGCGCAUCCACGCGCUCCUCGUCAAGUCCGGGCACGCCUCCGACACUCGCCUGGCCACCGCGCUCGCCGACGCCUACGCCAAGUCGGGCCUCGUCGCGCCCGCGCGCAUGGUGUUCGACGAGACGCCGCGCCGGGACCUCGUGCUCUGGAGCGUCAUGAUCUCCUGCUACUCCUCCCACGGCAUGCUCCAGCACUCAUGGGCGCUCUUCGCCGCCAUGCGGAGGAGCGCGGGCCUCUCUGGCGACGGCUUCACCUUCAGCGCCUUGCUGAGCGGCCGCGCUCUUUCAUCUUCAUGCAGCCACCACCACCCGGGGAUCCUGGCGCAUGGCCUUGUUCUCAGGCUGGGCCUCCACCUGGACCUUGUCGUCGCCACCGCGCUCCUCGACAUGUACGCAAAGUGCGGCCGGGUCGCUGAAGCUCGCCGGGUGUUUGAUGCCAUGCUGCUCAGGAACUCCGUCUCCUGGAAUGCCAUGAUUGUCUGCUACGGCCAGCAUGGUGGAGGCAAGGAAGCGCUGCAGCUUUUCGUUUCCAUGCUCAGGAAUGAUGAUGGGUGCUGCUGUCGGGCCGAUGAGCUAACGCUUGCCAGCUUGCUUAGCUCCUGUGCCAACAUGGUGGCUGCCUAUGAGGCUACCCAGCUUCAUGCUUAUGCCCUCAAAAGGGGCUUACAGGGAUAUCUGCAAGUAGCCAACGCUCUGAUCAUGGCCUAUGGUAAGAAUGGAUUUCUUCUACAAGCAACACAAACAUUUGCUACCAUCCGUAGCCCAGACAUAGUUUCAUGGUCAUCCAUGGUUUCAUCUUUCGCCUACCUCGGGUGUGCCAAGAGCGCAAUCCGUGUGUUUGAGACAAUGCUCCGUCAAGGCGUGCGGCCUGAUGGCAUUGCGUUUCUUGGAGUUCUUUCUGCCUGCAGCCAUGCUGGGCUCAUUCAAGAUGGCCUAAAGUAUUUUCUUGCAAUGACGAAAGAUUACCGAAUCGAUCCAUGUCCGCAGCAUCUUGCUUGUCUGGUUGAUCUCCUAGGGAGGGCUGGCAGGGUUCAGGAUGCCUACAACGUUUUACUCAACAUGUCCUGCCAAACAAACACUGGUGUUAUUGGAGCUUUCCUUGCUGCCUGCAAGACGCGGGGCAACGUUGAGCUCGCAAAGUGGGCUGCUGAUAGACUACUCGGUCUGGAACCAAAUGAGUCGGCAAAUUACCUGCUUAUAUCUAAUGCUUAUGCUGCUGCAGGAGCUUGGACUGAGCUUGCGAAGGUAAGAAGUCAUAUGAGGAACAUGUGCGGCACCAAGGUUCCCGGCUGUAGCUGGAUAGAAGUAGGUGGAAAGGUUCAGACAUUUGUCUCCAAUGAUAUUUCGCUUCAACAGUCAACAGAGAUGCGACAUAUGAUGGACAUAAUUGUUACAUUCCUGGAAAAAGAGUUCAAUGAAGAUACUAUUUGCAAAGAGUCAGAUUUAAUAUCAGAAUGGUGUUGAGACCUUGCUAAAAUAUAUAGGGGUUAACUGGCAUCUGCAAUAUAUGGUCUCAGACCUUUCUUGUUUGGCAAUGUAAACCAUUCUCAGGUUAUCAAGGUUUGGAAUCUCCAGUUUUAUCUCCAUGCACUCCCAACCGGCAGAGGCAUCCUGAUCUAGUCCUGAACUGGAAACUGCCUUCACCUGCCACUUCCAGAAUCACUUGUUCUGCAUUACAAACAUGGAUGGGGAGUGGUACAACUUCGAUUGUCUGUAUCCAGCUUGUGAGCACCUCUCUCACUUUACACUUUCAGCUUACCUUGAUACCAUGAGGCGGUCCUGGCUCGAUCAUCUUUGCAGUAAGGGGCGCUUCUGCUUUCUCCAGGGACUGCUCCACUGAUAAAAAUAAUCUUGGCCAGUGGCUGAAUCCUGAUGAAAUUACACAUUCACGCUUCAAGGUGCAGCAGAAACAAGAGGGCUACACUGCAACUGAGAUGGCCUCGAGGAGGUAUCUCACUGUGGUGAACUGGCGAUAACCACUAGCUAGAGGGACUUGAAGUUGCUCGCGCCAAAACUGAAGUACCUAGUCAGCAGCCUUACCAACAUGAAGGCAUGCCUAUGCUGCAAGAGAAAACUGAUGACGACCAAAAGGAGGCAAUAGCUAUUAGCUUGAUUCCAUUUGAAGCUCCAUUGACCAGUUCUCAUCUAUCCCAAGAAGAGGGAAAUUUGAAAAAAACAUUGGCUAUAGCAACUCUGAAGGACCGAUGAAAGAAGAUUGCGAUGCCAUUUUGUCCA